AUGUAUGAUUUAAAUGUUCUUUGGCAUGGUUCAGGAGUUUCAGAAAACGAAAUGAAAAAAAUGAUUAUCUUUUUAAACGAACUUGGUUAUAGUACAAUUGCUUUAAACUAUAUGGUUUACGGAAAAAUUGGCAAAAAAAUUACAAACCCAAUUCGUCCAGAUAUUGUACAAUGUCGAAAACCUAUGCGUAUUUUGUCAAGGGUGACUAUUGUUCUUGACGAAGGAUCCCAAAAUUAUAAUUUGGCAUGUUUUUAUUUUCCAAUUUAUUCAGCAACAGAUGCAUUUGAUAUUUUAGCAGUACGACCAACAACUGAAAAAAUGUUUCAACACGUAUGUACGUCUAUGGACGUGGAUAUUAUAUCUCUUGAUAUGUCACAACGACUUCCAUUUUAUAUUAAACAUUCAACGGUUGGAAUAGCUAUUACAAGAGGUAUACGGCUCGAAAUUUGUUAUGCUUCUGGUAUAUCCGAUACUAAUUGUAGAAAACACUUAAUUUGCAAUGCAUCUGCAUUAGUACGUGCAACUCGUGGGAAAGGCAUUAUUAUAUCUAGUGAAGCAUCAAACCUAAUCUAUUGUCGGAGUGGAUAUGACGUAAUUAAUCUUUCUACUUUUUGGGGACUAAGUCAAGAAAAAGGGCGUAAUGCGUUAGGUAAAGAAGCUAGAUCUGUCAUUAUACAUGGUGAAGCUAGAAAAAAUGCAACUAAAGGUAUUAUUAAACUUGUCGAAAAUGAAAUAUUACAAAAAAAUAAUAAAUCUUAA